AUGAGAAAAACUUUCAAAAAUAUGAGAUAUAAGUCCAUUUACGAUAUUGUUAUUAGAAGAUCAUUAAUAAAUAUAUUACCAUAAUUAAAUAAUAUAUAUAUUAAAUAAAAUGUAUUAAAUCUUCAGAACUGUGAGAAUGAUGAAACAAAUCAUCAGACCUAUGAGAUUUUGUGCACCAAUUGUGGCUACCAAUCAUUAUUUAAAUAUAUACAAUUUGAAUCAAUUUUACAUGAAUUUACUAAUUGA